CUACCCCCCGUGACUACAGUUUAAGACCUGCUCCCCAACAGGAUCUUCUUGUGAUGCCCCCAAAGAUAGAUCAUAUGGAAAUUAAAGUGGCCGGGUCGGUGUCUUCGAAUUAUGUACCAUUACAGGAUAAUGACAAUGUAUUAAAAGAUCCUCGACAGCUUGAGGAAAAUGGCACUUGUUCAAACUGUGCAGUUGAAAAAGCCCAAGUUAAAGAUGAAACGGUACUUGACAACAGAGUAACACACUUAGCUAGUGAUGUCACAGAGAUUAAGAAAUUAUUGGAGAAUGUAAUUGCUGGGAAAUCUAUUAACCAUUCCCCUGUUGAUAAUCUCAUCUCGACAGCCAAAGCACAGUGUACCUUGAAACCAGCUACUGAUCAGGGUGAGAACGUGUGGCUCGAUGAAAUAAGAACAAAAUCCUUGCUGGUUGUUACAAAAGGUGCUAAUGUUCCAUGUAAAGAUCUAGAAAAGACAGUGGUUGAUAAUGGAAUCCAGGUUCAUAAGCAAUAUGUUGAUAGUAAUGGUGAUCAAGUACUCAUAUUACCAACCCAAGCUUCACGAGAUAAUCUGAAGACAGAGCUGAUAUCAUCAGGUAUAGCUGCUAAUCAACUGAAAGAACCAAAGCAAAGAUAUCCCACUAUCUCAGUUGUUGGUCUACCUAAGGAUUUUAGUAGAGAUCACAAAGAAGAGAUAAGGAACACCAUCCUGAAGCAAAAUCCUUACAUUUCUCACUGCCUCAAAGCAGACUCUUCACUGUUUGAUGUUCUGUCUGUGAAACCUCUCCGUGCAAACCAAAAUAUCAAACAAGCCAUCAUAAGGUUGAGUGAUAAUAUUAGAAUUGCUAUACGAGAUAAUAAUAACAGGUUGUUCUUCGGUUUACUGUCUUGCCAAGUGUAUGACCAACUUUACAUAAAGAGAUGUAACAAGUGUCAAGGCUUUGGUCACUAUUCUAAGACUUGUAAAAACGAAGUGUAUUGUGGUUUCUGCGCCGCCCCUGGACAUGAAACUCAACAAUGUGAUAAUAAGGACAACAAUUCAGAGGAGAAAAAUGAUCUAAUGCCCACAUACUGUUGUAUCAACUGCAAAAAGUCUGGCUCACCUGAUGAUUUAUGUAAACAUGCUGCAUUUUCUACUGAGUGUCCUUCUUACCGGGUUCAGCAAGAGAAACUUAAAGCCUCCCUAUCUUAUUAUUCAAAAAACUAGUUUCCUCCAAACCAAAGAAAUUGCAUCAACUUCGAUAUAUGAUCUGGAAUGCUAGAAGUCUUAAUAAUAAGUGUGACGACAUUAUGUGCUUACUUCAAGAUCAUGAUGUAGACGUUGCUAUUGUAACUGAAACAUGGUUAUCUGACCAAGCCAAUACUACAACAGCAGUUAUAAAAUCAUAUGGCUACAGUAUUGUUCAUGAUUUCAGAGCAAACAACAGAGGUGGUGGCACUGCUCUGAUUUACAACAUGGCAUUACAUUUCUCUGUUGUUAAUUUGAAAGUUCCGAACCUGACAACCUUUGAAUUCAUCGCUGGAUCUAUAAAGUGCACUCCUGACAUGAAGAUCCUUGUCCUAUGCAUCUAUCGAACUGGCCCUGUCUCAAAGAAGUUCUUUGAGGAACUUGAUGACUUAUUGGGUUCUGCAAGUCUGAAAAGUGACUAUAUAAUAAUUGGAGGAGAUUUCAAUAUUCACACAGAGUCAAUUACUGUAAACUCAACUGAACUGCUGCAGACCACCUCAUCUUAUGGUUUCAAGCAACUUAUUGAAAAUCCGACCCACAUGAGUGGAGGAACUAUUGACCUGCUCUUUGACCAGAGUAACUUGAUUGAAACGUCUACAAUUGAAAUCCUGAAAAACUGUACCCUGAGUGAUCACUUCCCCAUCAUAUUUGCCACCAAGAAGUUUCAAACUAACCUCAAAGCUCCUAAAACAAUCAAUACUAGACAGCUUAAAACCGUGGAUUGUGAUCAGUUGGCGAUUGAUUUACUGAUGUGUUCCUCUGACUAUGAAUUGGCAGACUGCUUUGUUGAAUCUUGUGAACAAUUUUUCCAAUGCAUUGGUAG